UAUUAGCUUCAUAUCCACUAGAUGGCACUAACAGUAUAACUGCAAAAAUCCAAAAUACGUUGCAGUAUGUUGGAAAGGAUGCUUCUGCUUGUUUCCCAUUCAGUACGGAAACUACACACUGCCUCUAAGUUGCUGCAAGGAAUGAAACAAGCAUAGGAAACACUAAAAUCCCCAGAGCUGCUGGUGGUGACAGGCAUGAUUAUUCUGCUACCCUCAAGAUCCAGAAUCAUGCUUUGCAGCUUUUCUUUGAAGAACAGGCAACACCGUAUCCUACUUGCUACAUUUGGACUAGAAAGCUAAGGCAUCAUCCUGGAAGAUUUCUGUACUUUAGUUUUUUGUGGCUCAAACAUUACCCUUUCAGCAGUUAGUGCACAAGGUUUGCUGCAUUGGACAAAGAUUGUGCCAUUAAUGGACUUCUGCUCUUGGAAAGACACCUCUGGGGCUCUGUGUAAACUUCAUAUCCAGCACAAUGGCAGUAAGUGAAGGUGCCAGGUCAGUUAUAUGAAUCAUCAUUUUGUCUCCUCGUUAUGUUUUUCGGUCUACUCUCACUGAACCAUACAAACGGAUGGCAGUAUUAAAGGAACUACUCUAUGAUCUGGUCAUUGACACAGAGAGGUGAUUAUUGAAGAUCCAAUGAGUUGGGGGUUUACACAUGGACCACAUAAAUCACCAUGGUCAUCGAUAUCAACAGUAGUUUCAUGCACAGCAACAUCAGAUCCUAUGUCAUCGAAGAGCUGAAAGAUCAUAGCACCUCUAUUAUGAUUUCUGGAUCUUUCGAUCCCCGUCUGCCUAAGAUUCUUCAGGAAGCCACCACAACAAGCCCCAUUCCAACGUCCACCUUUACCAGUGAAAAUGACACACUGUGCGGAGAACUGAUGAUUCUUAAUUAUGGCCACAUUGAAAAACUGGUCAUCGGAGCCAUCCUAUCCUUAAUCACUUUGCUAACGAUUGCAGGAAAUUGCCUGGUGGUCAUAUCAGUGUGCUUUGUGAAAAAACUCAGACAGCCUUCCAACUAUUUGAUCGUGUCUUUGGCUUUGGCUGAUCUCUCAGUCGCUAUAGCUGUCAUGCCUUUUGUCAGUGUUACGGAUCUCAUUGGAGGCGAGUGGAUCUUUGGCCAUGUAUUUUGCAAUGUUUUCAUUGCUAUGGAUGUCAUGUGCUGCACAGCUUCCAUUAUGACUUUAUGCGUUAUAAGCAUCGACAGGUAUCUUGGAAUCACCCGGCCACUUACAUAUCCCGUGAGACAGAAUGGCAGAUGCAUGGCCAAAAUGAUUCUUUGUGUCUGGCUCCUCUCUGCUUCUAUAACAUUACCUCCUCUCUUUGGCUGGGCCCAGAAUGUAAAUGACGAUAAAGUCUGCCUUAUCAGCCAGGAUUUUGGAUACACCAUCUACUCCACAGCAGUUGCCUUUUAUAUUCCAAUGUCAGUGAUGCUUUUUAUGUACUACAGGAUCUUUAAAGCUGCUAAAAGGAGUGCAGCAAAGCACAAAUUUACUGGACUUCCCCGUCCUGAAGAGAGCGAUGGAAUGAUUUCUGCAAAUGGAAAUGUGAAAAUCCAUAAGGAGUCUGAAGAAUGUACAAAUCUCUCAAAGCUGCUCAGAAACGAUAGGAAAAACAUUUCUAUUUUUAAAAGAGAACAGAAAGCUGCUACAACCCUUGGGAUUAUUGUAGGGGCAUUUACAGUUUGCUGGCUACCUUUUUUUAUACUUUCAACAGCAAGACCUUUCAUUUGCGGAACUGAGUGCAGUUGCAUUCCAUUAUGGUUGGAGAGGACCUUUUUAUGGCUGGGAUAUGCAAACUCUCUUAUAAACCCUUUUAUUUACGCCUUUUUUAACAGAGAUCUGAGGACAACCUAUCGAAAUCUGUUGCAAUGCAGGUACAGAAAUAUCAACCGGAAGCUGUCUGCUGCAGGAAUGCAUGAGGCUUUGAAGCUAGCAGAAAGGCCUGAUCAUGCCUUCAGGACCAGAAGGCAAAGCAGGGAGAACUUUAGAAGCAUCACGUGACAAGACAAGAACAUGACAAGACAAGAACAUGGAUUGUAAAGAACUGAUGAUGAAAACGAUCAAUUUAUCAGCAGGCUGAAACUCAUAAUUUGUGCUUCAAUCAUGUACCAUUUUAUCUACAACCAGAGGAAUGUCUUUACUCUUCAAAAGAGAUUUUCCACUAUUCAGUGCGGCACUGUGGUUAUAUCUGAUAUGAGCGCAAUCUUCAAUGUGUAUUACAAUCAUUAAUAAAACGAAUUAUAAAGUCUACGUACCAAAUAAACAUUUUUUAGAUAUAGGUAUAUGGUUUAUUUUUCUAAAUGUCAAGUAAAGAAUAUGCAUUUUAAAGGGACUCUGCAAUAGUACUGUGCUCUGUCUGGCCAUCUUUAUAAUACUCUUUACUGUGUCAUUUUAACCAGUGCUGCACCCAAUUUAUUCGUCCUGCAGUCUUUAGGCACAUCACAUUAGGAAACUGCAACCAAGUCUACAGAGGAAAGAGGAAUUAUAAAUAAAGCAUCUUAACUAUGGAAUGUACACUCUUUUUCCUGUAUAAAUAUAGUUGAGCUUUGUACCCCAGAUUUAUCAAUAAAUUCUGUUCCAUGUGUAAAAAAUGUCAGCAGACUGAAGAAGCCACUCAGGUGAGUUGUGAGACAACUCAAAAGCCCAGUUGCUUUGGACUACUAGAUACUAGGGUGAUUUAUCAAGGUUCAAAUUAGAAUUGUUUCCACCAAUCAGGUUUUGUUGUGCUUUCAACAACUUGUGUAUUUUUUAUGUAUAUUUAUUAAAUGCAAAAAAUGUGUAAAGCUAUACAACUUCAGCAUAUAAAAGCUCCAUGUAGAAGUCAAUGGGAGCAGUCAAUGUCAAAUUUAAGGCAUUUAAGUUUUUUGAAUUUUUCAACCCAUGGAAAAUGAUCAUUCAGCCAUAGUUCCAAGAAAAAUGUGUUUUUUCCACCAAUCAAUUUUUGUUGUGCUAAAACUCGGGAAGUUGAAUUAUGGGUCAACAGUGACCUGAAUUUUUACUUGAGAAUGUCAUCAGGUACAGUAUGUCACUACUAUUGUAUAAAUAAGUAUAUUGUACUUUUAGAAAUACUUUGAGUGUUUGUCAUUGAUCAAAU